CUCGCUUAUUUCACGGAAAUCCGCGGGUUUUGCCAAAUGUUAUGUCAUUACGCGGAUGUACAGAAGGAAGUGAGCUUCGCACGAGGAAUGUAAUCAAUAUUUUGGUUUUCCUACGUUUCUUAUAUACUUGAAUAAAAUACAAAUAACAUAUGAGAUGUCGAUGGCUGGGUACUAAAGGAAUCAGGAGCUGACUGGAGAAGAAUCUAGUCGCGCUCGUUCGAAUCACUGUUGAGUAAAGCCAGCAAACACACUCGAGGAUCAUGAAAAUGGUGCUGUCUCAACGUCAGAGGGAGGAGUUAAAUAAGGCGAUCGCGGACUAUCUCAGCACCAACGGCUAUCAAGAUGCACUCGAGGCGUUCAAGAAGGAAGCCGACAUGCCCGGGGAAGUGGAAAGAAAAUACGGAGGCCUUCUGGAGAAGAAAUGGACUUCGGUAAUACGCUUGCAAAAGAAGGUAAUGGAAUUGGAAUCCAAACUCUCUGAGGCAGAGAAAGAAUUCAUAGAAGGAGCGCCAACCCGUAGCAAAAGAUCACCAUCCGAAUGGAUACCAAGGCCGCCUGAAAAAUACAGCCUCACUGGACACAGAGCUCCCAUAAACAGAGUUAUUUUUCAUCCUGUGUUUAGUCUUAUAGUAUCUGCCAGCGAAGAUGCCACCAUUAAGGUAUGGGACUUCGAAAGCGGCGAAUUUGAAAGAACAUUGAAAGGACACACUGACAGUGUACAGGACGUUUCAUUCGACGUAUCCGGUAAACUGUUAGUCUCAUGCAGUGCAGACAUGUCUAUUAAGCUUUGGGACUUUCACCAGUCGUUCGCCUGCGUGAAAACCAUGCACGGACAUGAUCACAGUGUCAGCUCUGUCGCAUUUGUGCCACAAGGGGAUUUCGUAGUGAGCGCAUCUAGGGAUAAAACCAUCAAAAUAUGGGAAGUGGCGACAGGUUAUUGUGUUAAGACAUUAACAGGGCACAGAGAGUGGGUACGAAUGGCCAGGGUAAGUCCCUGUGGUGAACUAAUCGCUAGUUGCUCGAACGAUCAAACGGUGCGAGUAUGGCAUGUAGCAACGAAAGAGACAAAGGUGGAACUCAGAGACCAUGAUCACGUCGUAGAGUGUAUCACAUGGGCACCGGACAGCGCCAGAGCAUCGAUUAAUGCUGCAGCAGGAGCAGAUAACAAGGGUGCUCACGAAGGACCUUUCCUCGCAUCUGGUUCGCGGGACAAGGUAAUCCGUGUUUGGGAUGUCGGUGCCGGCGUUUGUCUCUUUACCCUCCUAGGACACGAUAAUUGGGUACGCGGCAUCGUCUUCCACCCCGGUGGCAAGUUUAUCGUCAGUGCUUCUGACGAUAAGACCCUGCGAGUGUGGGACACGCGCAAUAAACGAGCAAUGAAAACCCUCGAGGCGCAUGUUCAUUUUUGCACCUCUGUCGAUUUUCACAAAAGCCAUCCUUACGUGGUCACCGGUAGUGUCGAUCAAACGGUGAAGAUCUGGGAGUGCCGCUAGUCACCAAAACAACCGGGUUUCUUAGAACCUUCGUCGAGAAAGAGAGAUUGUGAAAAGAAGGCGAACGAUGCGCGUCGAAUUCAAUGGAAACGGCCGAGAGAGUAAGAUGCUACAAAAAUGUUAUCGUACAUACUACUAUUAUUAAUAUUAAUAUUAUUAUACACACAUAAACACGUACGAUUAAGAGCUCUUUAAUUAAUUUAUAAUAAAGUAUAAUUAGUAAUUAUUAAUAAUACAUAUACGUUUUACGGUAACGAACUGCACGAUUCGAGGAGAGUCGGUUGAGGUUUAGCUCUUUCUCGCGAGGAGGACACUUUGCCAUAAUAUUUCGUCGGCGGUUUAAAAAAAAAAACAAAAAAAAAAAAUAAGAAACAAGUAUUCC